UGCGUCAUGUGGGGACCGCCCCCCUAGGGCCUGGGCACAGCGUGUUCUGCUGCCUUGGCCGCUGUCGUGGAAGCAGGAUUUCCGCGGUUGUGUAACAGCACCUCGCGGGCGUGGAGAAGGCCUGGACUCCGCAUCCCCGGCUCCGCCUUUCCCUUCGUCUCGGGCAGCACAGCCAUGGCUUGGGCGGCGGCGGGGAGCUGCCGGGUCCGCGGCACGCUCUCGGAGCGCACGCUCCUGUUUGACCUGCCGCCGGCGCUGCUCGGCGAGCUCUGCGCGGUCCUGGACAGCUGCGACGGCGAGAUGGGCUGGCACGGCCUGGCGGAGAGACUUUUAAGCAGCUGGCUGGAUGUUCGUCACAUUGAAAAGUACGUGGAACAAGGUAAAAGUGGAACGAGAGAAUUACUUUGGUCCUGGGCACAGAAAAACAAGACCAUCGGGGACCUUUUACUGAUUCUCCAGGAGAUGGGUCAUCAUCGAGCUAUCCAUUUAAUCACAAACUAUGGAACAGCCUUGAAUCCUUCGGAGCAGAGUCAUCAGAGAGAUGGAUUUCUGAACACGUCAUCCAAGGGAACAGCCAAUGUCACAGCAGAAAAUGUUGUUCUUGUUCCUGAACAUAAUGAAAAGGGAAUAUUGUGCAAAUCCUCCAUCACCUUUCACAAUAUCAUAGAAGGAACCAAAAAUUUCCACAAAGACUUCCUCAUUGGAGAAGGGGAGAUUUUUGAGGUAUACAGAGUGGAGAUUCAAAACCAAGCAUAUGCCAUUAAAUUAUUUAAACAGGAGAAAAAAAUGCAAUGUAAGAACCACUGGAAGAGGUUUUUAUCAGAACUUGAAGUUUUACUAUUGUUUCAUCAUCCAAACAUACUGGAGUUGGCUGCAUAUUUCACAGAGACUGAGAAAUUCUGUCUGGUUUAUCCAUAUAUGAGAAACGGAUCACUUUUUGACAGAUUGCAGUGUGUAGGUAACACGGCCCCACUCUCUUGGCACAUUCGAAUCAGGAUAUUAAUUGGAACAUCCAAAGCCAUUCAGUACUUGCACAACACUGAACCGUGUGCGGUGAUCUGUGGCAGUAUAUCAAGUGCAAACAUACUUUUGGAUGAUCAAUUUCAACCCAAACUAACUGAUUUUGCCAUGGCACACUUCCGGCCCCACUUAGAAUACCAGAGUUCCACCAUAAAUAUGACCACCAGCAGCAGUAAGCAUCUGUGGUACAUGCCAGAAGAAUAUAUCAGACAGGGCAAACUUUCCAUUAAAACAGACAUCUACAGCUUUGGAAUUGUAAUAAUGGAAGUUCUGACAGGUUGUAAAGUGGUGUUAGAUGAUCCGAAGCAUAUCCGACUGAGGGAUCUCCUUAUUGAACUGAUGGAGAAGAGAGGCCUCAAUUCAUGUCUCUCAUUCCUAGAUAAGAAGGUGCAUCCCUGUCCUCAGAAUUUCUCUGCCAAACUAUUCUCUUUGGCAGGUCAAUGUGCUGCAACACGGGCAAAGUCAAGACCAUUGAUGGACGAAGUCCUAAAUACUCUUGAAAGUACUCAAGCCAGUUUAUAUUUUACUGAAGAUCCUCCCACAUCACUAAAGUCCUUCAGGUGUCCUUCUCCUCUUUUCUUGGAUAACGUACCAAGUAUUCCUGUGGAAGAUGAUGAAAGCCAGAAUAUUCAUUCACACCGUCCUGAUAAAGACUUGAGAAAAGAUAGAAUGACUCAGAAUAUUCCUUUUGAAUGCAGCCAGUCUGAGGUAACAUUUUUGGGCUUUGACAAAAAGGCAGGGAGUAAGAGAAAUGAGGAUGCUUGCAACAGGCCCAGUUCUUCUUGUGAAGGAAGUUGGUCCUCAAAGCAUGAUGCUCCAUCCCAGGACAUACAGGUCUGUUAUAUAACUAUGGACACUUCUUCAGAAGCUUCAGGACAUUCUUACGGGAGCAGGGCAGUGGAGACUAGCCAUAUGUCCAAGUUUUCCUGUAAUGAAUGUGAACAGUAUGCAAAGGACUCGAUUUCACCAGAAGAUGAAGAAAAAGACAAGUAGGGGUGAGGCAUCUGAGAACAGGUAUUAUCUUGAGAAGACAGUGUUUUGUUUCCAUAAACAAUGCCAAGAGGAUGAUUUGAUGGUGAACCCGGGUAAUGCAGAUUAGCAGCCUGGAUAAUUCCAUUCCUUUUUCCCAACAGAGUGGUUUAGAAAUGGUUCUUAUCAGGAUAAUUGACUCAUGAUCAAACCCAGGCUAAACUAGAGUCUUUCAAAAUCACUUACAUCAUGGGUUGUGACUUCAGACAAACAAAAUAAUCAAGACCUACCAAAAAGGGACUGGUUUCUAAUGUAUUUUCCUAGUAACUAUCAAUGGGAACUGUCAGAGCUUCCAUUCUAUGAAGUGCCUUCAGUUGAAUUUCAUUGUUUGUUUAGCUUGCUUGAGAAGGUUGUAGGAAAUGUUACACUUGUCAAUGUAAAUAGAUGCUAUUUUAAAGAAUCACCUUUUUGUUUA